UAUUGGGCUAAUAAGCGGCCGGCAUGUCAACCGCAUUUGCACGCAUUCCCUUCACGGCACACUGGCAUGGUAUAAAAGCCUGGCAUUCCGCUCAACCAAACUCAGUGAGUCCUGUGCCGACAUGACACUGGUCUACUUUCCUCCGCCAAAGCUGCAGCAGCAACAGCAGCAGCAGCAACAGCAACAGCAGCAGGAGCAGCAGCCAUCGAGAUCCAGUCGCCUGGCCCAACAGCUGGCCCAGUCCGCCUGGCAGCUGGCGUUGCGCUUUGGCAAGCGGACCACCAUCCACGGCCUGGACAGGCUGCUCUGUGCCAGGGCCAGUCGGUGGGAGCGCUUCGUCUGGCUGUGCACCUUUGUGAGUGCCUUCCUGGGCGCGGUGUACGUGUGCCUGAUCCUCUCGGCCCGCUACAAUGCCGCCCACUUCCAGACUGUGGUGGAUAGCACUCGGUUUCCGGUCUACCGCAUACCCUUUCCGGUCAUAACGAUCUGCAACCGGAAUCGCCUCAACUGGCAGCGCCUGGGCGAGGCGAAGUCCAGGUUCCUGGCCAACGGCAGCGACUCCGCCCAGAUGGAGCUCUUCGAGCUGAUUGUGGGCGGCUACGACGACGCGUACUUUGGGCACUUUCAGUCGUUCGAGCGAUUGCGCAACCAGCCGACGGAGCUGCUCAGCUACGUCAACUUCAGCCAGGUGGUGGACUUCAUGACCUGGCGCUGCAACGAGCUGCUCACGGACUGCCUGUGGCGCCACCACGCCUACAACUGCUGCGAGAUCUUCUCGAAGCGGCGCAGCAAGAACGGCCUGUGCUGGGCGUUCAACUCGCUGGAGACGGAGGAGGGCAGACGGAUGCAGUUGCUCGAUUCCAUGUGGCCCUGGCGCACGGGGUCGGCGGGUCCCAUGAGCGCCCUCUCCGUGCGCGUCCUCAUCCAGCCCACGAAGCACUGGCCGGGGCGCCGGGAGACGGGUGCCAUGAAGGGCAUCGAUGUCAUGGUAACCGAGCCCUUCGUGUGGCACAACAAUCCGUUCUUCGUGCCCGCGAACACGGAGACGACCCUGGAGAUCGAGCCCGUCAUCUACUUCUAUGACAACGACACCCGGGGAGUGCGCUCCGACCAGCGGGAGUGCGUUUUCGAUGACGAACACAACAGCAAGGACUUCAAGUCGCUGCAAGGAUACGUGUACAUGAUUGAGAACUGCCAGUCCGAGUGCCAACAGGAGUACCUGGUGCGCUACUGUAACUGCACAAUGGACCUGCUGUUUCCGCCGGGUCAGUAUCGGUCGUGUCGGGCGCAGGAUUUGCUAUGCCUCGCCGAGCACAAUGACCUGCUCAUGUACUCCCACAAUCCCGGCGAGAAGGCGUUCGUGCGCAACCACUUCAAGGGCAUGACCUGCAGGUGCUUCCGCAACUGCUACUCCCUCAACUACAUCAACGAUGUGCGGCCCGCCUUCCUGCCGCCGGAGGUGUACGAAAACAACUCCUACGUGGACCUGGAUGUGCACUACCGCUUCGAGACCAUCAUGGUCUAUCGCACCAGCCUCGUCUUCGGCUGGGUGGACUUAAUGGUAAGCUUCGGCGGCAUAGCCGGUCUGUUUCUCGGCUGCUCCUUGAUAAGCGGCAUGGAAUUGGCCUACUUCCUGUGCAUCGAGGUGCCGGCCUUUGGACUGGAUGGACUGCGUCGGCGGUGGAAGGCUCGACGGCAGAUGGAUCUGGGCGUAAGCGUGUCCACGACCACGCUCACCCUGAACUUCCGACAAACCACGCCCAGUCAGCUGAUGGAGAACUACAUCAUGCAACUUAAGGCCGAAAGGGCGCAGCAGCAGAGGGCCAACUUUCAAAACUGGCACCGCAUUACGUUUGCUCAGAAGCAUGUUAUUGGCAAGUGA